AUGCCACAAUGCAUUAUUCUUCAGCAGCAAUUAAUGGAACAGAUUGCACAACAACAGCAACAGAUUAUACAGGAACAACAAGAGAUUACAGAACAACAACAAGUCACACAAAAACAAAAAGAACAACAAAUCACACAACAACAGAAGGAACUGAUUGCACUGAAACAGCAGCAAAUUAUACAGCAACAGGAACGUAUUACACAACAACAACAACGAAUUUCACAACAACAGAAACAAAUUAGACAACAGCAACAAAAACUUGUACGUCAACAACAGCAAAUUGCACAGUACCAACAACAACUUGUGCAGCAACAAAUUACAGAGGAAAAUCAGCAUAUUGUACAGCAACAACAACAAAUUGCACAACGACAAGAACAACUUGCUAAGCAGCAACAAGAGAUGGCACAAAAGCAACAAAAAUUAUCAGAACAACAACGAGAAUGUGCACAAAGACAACAACGCAUUGUACAAAUGCAACAACAACAAAUGACCCAAAUACUCGAUAUUGCUAGUUAUAUGCUUAAAAGAAUAAACGAUCAAGUACCAAAAACAAUUUAA